CUCACGCUUUCCUCCUGUGACCUCAGGCUGGACCUGCUGCAUGUCUGCUAGCCUUUAGCUUCAAAAAAAGCCUUUGGGAGCUCUUCAGAAACACCUUAAACUAACCGAGGACUGUUUUACAGCGACUUGUUCGCCGUGCGCACAGCUGACCCGACAGAGAGGAGCCGGCCAGAGGGAGACAUGUCCGCUAUCGAAGAGCUUUCCCCCGCUGCGGGCCCGGUGUCUAUCCGGCCCCCCGAGGACGAGAUUGACGACGAUGAAGAUGAAGAUCUGGAUGAGACUCUGACAGAGAGGUUGUGGGGCCUGACAGAGAUGUUUCCCGACACAGUUCGCACCGCUGCUGAGGUUUCUGCACAAUGCUCUGUCUCAGUGAUGAAGAAGUUUUACAGUUUUUCCCGCGCGGCCCUCUGGGUGGGCACUACCUCCUUCAUGAUCCUUGUACUGCCUGUGGUGUUUGAGACGGAAAGAUUACAGCUGGAGCAGCAGCAGCUUCAACAGCAGAGACAGAUCCUGUUGGGGCCCAACACUGGAAUGUCUGGUGGGAUGCCGGGCAUGAUGCCUCCUGCUCCUGGAAAAAUGUGAGGGAGACAAGAAGGACCAAACACGAGCCUGAGAUCUGCUGGAAUAACAAACAAUAAUGUGGAGGCCGGCCACAAGGAGAGACAGAGAGACCAAAGAGAAGGAGAAAGAACUGCAGUGAUAAAAAAAGAAGCAAAAGCUGCGUGACAACCACAAAAACCUUAGGCUGACUCAACUGUAUUGGGUUGACUAAGAGGAGGAGGAGGAGGAGGAUGCGAUGCGUGUCUAACACUUCUCUCUCACUGUCUCUCCUUACUCCAACAUAAUGCAGAGACUGAUUUGCAGGAGCACUGGGCUUCUAUUUUCUUUUUUCUUUUUUUUAAAUGAAUACUUCUAUAACAUAAAUAAUGUGUUCUUUAGGGGAUAGCGGGUACAGGUGGAUAAAUUAAAAGAAAGAAAAAUCCAGAGGUUACCAAUAUGUCUCAGUGUUUGCAGUCUGAAGAAGGUUAAGCUCACUCCAUCAUCAUGUGCUUGCUUGGUUUCACUUGUAUGUGGAGAAUUAUGUUAUUAGAAUAUCUGACAGACAGGUCAGAUGCAACAUGACAAGGGGAGCAUACAACAAUAAGUUUAUAGUGAAGGAAAAAAUAGAUUGGCCUCUGGAAGUCCUAUGAACUAAAUGACACCUUUUCUCUUGGUGCAUUUCUGUUUGUCACAAUUCACUAUUGUACUGUGUAUAUAUAUAUAUAUCAAAGUGCAAUCUCACUCAAAACUGGUUCUAGUAAUUGAUUUUUUAAAGAUGGUUUUCUGGUUUUAAACAAUGGAUUGUAUGAGUCAACGACACCACAUUUCAUGCUGUUCAAAAGAUUCAAAGAUUGUUGUGUCGUUUUCCAUUGCUAGCAUGUGAAAUUAAGAUAGGAGACGCCUCAUAUAUCUUUGGACAAGUGUGAUAGUGACGGUUGGUGGUAACGUUGUGAUGCCAGAUGUCUCAAUGUUACCAUGUCCAGUCUUUAGACAGUUAUUUUCUUUACUCUGUUGUCAUUCAUGUGAAAAUGUUCCAAUCUUUUGCCUCUGUUCACUUAGCAAACACAUGUCUCUGUUCUGUGUUCAACAUGACUGCGGUAUUAAAACACCAAA